CCUUGGGCGACGACACCAUGCCUCUCUACCAGCUGCUAUGCAUAACGGUGCACUCCCCGGAAUAUAAACAUAUCAAGGAGCUGGUGCGCCAGUCCGCGCAGCAUGUUAUGCACGCUGGCGGCGUCGUGCGGAGUAUCGACUCGUGGGGGACGCGUAUGCUGCCUCAGCGCAUGCGGAGGCAUAGGCAGGCGUACAACUACGGAGACUAUUGGACAUUGCACUUCGACACCGCGCCACGGACGCUCAGGUCCCUGAACGGCAUCAUGCGCCAGGACCCCCGUGUCAUUCGCUGGUCGGUGCUCAAGCUAGCGGAACGCCCGGAGGAGCUCGCGACGGAGGGCAAGAAGGUCAUGAAGGGCUCCAACCUCACGGCGGAGGACCUUGUCGACCCUUAACCAGUUCCUCAACUUCCCUCACCAGCCGCUCCGGGAUAGAAGUGCUCGCGUCCCGGUUCUAUCAUUUCCAUUCAUGUGUUGCACUGCACGUACCGCUACUACUACACGACAUGGAUGCCAUGCUAGUCGCCCCUCGUUUGCCCGAGCUAUGCUCCCAGCCAUUUCAAGACACCCUGCAAGUUCUGGAUGGUCUGCACGCCGUCCAGGUUUUCGCCUUCUUCGACGUGCGCUUCAGUGUCGCCUGGCCGGCGCAGCAACAAUGCGU